CGGGUGAAUCACAGUGCCAGUGGGGUUCCCCUCAUCGCGCGGGGAUCUCGCGCGGAGUUGCGGGUGCUGGUUGCGUCGCAUAGAGCGCUCGCGCUAUCUCUUUUCUCUCCAGAUUCGUGCCCCCCCUCCGGCUCCGCAUCUGCGCCGGCGUCGCCUCGGCUUCCGGCGGAUGAGCCCCGCCGGAGUCUCGAGUCGGGGCUCGUGAUUCGCGAUGCGGAUGGUUCUGUAGCCGCAGUCGCUAGGGUUUUCGGGGGUAUCAGAUACUAUGGAGGAGGGUUCUGUUCGGAUGCUCCACGCCUCCCCCGCCGCGGUCCCCGCGCCGGCGGCGGAUGGUGGGGCGAAUGAAGAGCGCGAUGCGGAGAUCGCAGGGGCCAUCGCGGAGGUGGCGGAAGAACCCCCUGCUGCGGCUCCCCCCACGAGUGACGCGGAGCUGGAAGGGGCCGGCGAUGUCAUCGCGGUGGAUCAAGAGCGCGCGGCGGCAAAUCCAUUGAGCGGGACACAGAUGGACGUCGACGAGGGCGGCACAGCGGACGCGGAGAAUCCCGCGGCGCCUGCUGCAGGGGAGGUGAAUGAGGGUUGUAUGCUGGACAAGGAGCAAGAUGCGGUGGUCUGCGCGCUGGCCCAGGAAAAGAUGGAGGUGUAUGAGAAUGGCGUGGCAACUGAGAAAAAGAUGGAAGGGUGUGAGGGCGGAGUGGUUGAUCAGCAGCCCAACACACCUGCCGGCGGCUGUCAGAUGAAGGAGGAAGGUGAAUUCCUCCUUGGCCGUUACAUCAGUCGGAGUGUCGCUGGGCAUGGUCGCAUUCUUCUUGGGAAAGUUGCAUCCUAUGAUAACAGCAGUGGGGUCUACAGUGUGGUGUUUGAGGAUGGGCAGAGUGAGGAUUUAGGGCUUCCUCAGCUCCAGCCGCUACUCGUUGGUGAGGAGAAUGGUGCAUUUGGCAUGAAGGUGAGCUGCCGGAAGAGGAAGCUGGACUUGCUAGUUUCAUCUGGGGGUGCCAUAGAGGUGAAAGGGCCACCAAAUACUAGGCAGAGGGUCAAUGAACCUGAGAUGCCCACUAGGCCUGAAGAGUCGCAGCAGAGUGGAUCUGGCUCGGAUGUUUCUGAGGAUGUUGAAUCUUCAAGCAAUUCAUCAAACUGCAGUAAGGAACUGCCAGUAGAGCAUUGUCCGCCAGUUCAGGUCCCGGAGUUGCCUCCAUCUUCUGGGGACAUUGCUGUGCCAGAGGAGGCCAUAAGUUAUCUUUUUUCUGUAUACAACUUCCUGCGAUCGUUUAGUGUGCAACUGUUCCUCAGUCCAUUUGGUCUGGAUGAUUUUGUGUCAGCCAUUAAUUGCACUGUGCAGAAUACACUGUUGGAUGCUGUACAUGUCUCACUACUGCGAGCACUUAGGCGGCAUCUUGAGACCAAAUCCUCUGAAGGAUUAAAACUGGCUUCAAAUUGCUUGCGGUAUUUAGACUGGGCAUUACUAGAUUCAUUGACUUGGCCAGCUUUCUUGCUAGAGUACCUCUAUGUCAUGGGUAUCAUUAAGGAUUUAGGAGGCCAGAGUUUUGGUAGAAGGGUCCUAGCCAUUGAGUACUAUAAGCUUCCUGUUACCCUGAAGCUUAGGAUCCUGCAAUUACUAUGUGAUCACGUCAUUGAUUCAGAAGAACUCAAGACUGAACUGGAGGAACGGGAAGGCUACAGUGAAGAAAUGGAAUAUGAGAUGGAUUCUAGUACUUUUCUGGAGGUUGGAUCAAGAUCAGUAUUGACUAGAGGUUCAAAGGCUUCAGCUUACAAAAAGCUAGAUGUUUUACAGAAUCUGGAAACUGCCCCAAAUGGAAAUAAUCCAGAAGCUGCUUCAGCACAUGCUUCCCAGGAUGGCAACAGUGAUGAUUGCCGGAUAUGUGGAAUGGAUGGGACUCUGGUAUGCUGUGAUGGUUGCCCAUGGGCAUACCACUCAAGAUGUAUUGGUCAGAACAAAGCUUUCUUACCCCAGGGGGAUUGGUUCUGUCCAGAGUGUGUGGUUAACAAGCUUGGACCAACCUCUUCAAGAAUAGAGCGUGGUGCAAGAGGAGCUCAAUUAUUUGGCAUUGACCUGUGCGGAAGGAGCUUCCUUGGAUGCUGCAACUAUUUGCUGGUGAUUGGAACUUCUUCUGAUGCUGAGUUUAGUGCAAGAUAUUAUAAUCAUUGUGAUGUUGUCAAGGUUCUCCAAAUACUUGCCUCUUCAGAUUCAUAUACAGAUAUAUGUAGGGAUAUGACAGAGUACUGGAGUCAUCUACGUGGCAUAUUUCAGAAUGAUAGAUCGAAAAUAGGUAAAGAGGUUGGUGGAAGCCUUACUUCACCGUCCAAUAUACUACCAACUGCUACUCCAGUGAAAGCAAAUAAUGGAAGUGUUCAGUCAACUUUGAAAGAUUGUGGGGACAGUAAGAUGACAAUGCUACCCCAGACAAAUGCACAUCUUAAGUUUAUGGAUAAUCAAUUUACAAUGUGCUCAGCUGAACACUUGGUGGAACAGAAAUGCAUUGUGGCUAGUGUAGGUGUUUCCACUGAGAAUAAUAAUGAAACAUUUAGGCAACCACCAUUAGCUCAGAACUAUGUAGAUAAUGCAUACAGAAAUGGGGCUUUUGGACCCAAUGGGAAGUCCUCAAUUUCUCACCAGAGUGCAUCUAUGGUGACAGUUGUGCCAAACAUAACACAAGCACAGCCAGCACAUGGAUUGAUUCGUCCAGACUUGUCGUGUGGUUCAGCAAUUGGUAAUGGUAUGUCCAGAGAAAAUAUCAGGAGCUCUAUUUCUACAAGGGCAGACUCAAUCAGCCCUUAUCAAAGCAAACCCCCUGUUCAGCUAAUUACUGACAGUAUGAGUGGUGGCAAACCAGCUAAAUUCUCAUCUUUUAGACCACAAGCUUAUAUGAAUCUAUACAAUCACGGUAAUGUCGCAGCAUCUGCUGCUGCCAAUCUAGCUGUUCUUAAAUCUGAUGAAGGUAAGGCUUCAACUUCCCAUCUGACCACAAACCAAAGGAAGAAACUGGCUGCUGACAGUGCUCUACAAGUGAAAGCAUUUUCCUCAGCAGCCUUACAAUUUGUGUGGCCAAGUACUGAAAAGAAGGUUAUGGAAGUCCCAAGAGAUAGAUGUGGUUGGUGCCUUGCCUGUCAAAGUUCAGCAGGUGGAACUAAAAAGGCUUGUUUUCUUAACAUGGCUACUGCAAAUGCUUCUAAAGGUUCUGCUCGAAUUCUUAGUGGCAUGCGUUUAGUCAAAAAUUGUGAGAGCCAUUUCCCCAGCAUUGUUACUUAUUUAACCCACAUGGAGGAAAGUUUGCGUGGCCUUUUAGUUGGUUCACUACAAGAUGUGCAGCAGAGAGAACGGUGGUAUAAUCAACUAAAACAAGCUUCCAACUGCAGAAAUAUAAUACCCCUCUUGCUUGAAUUGGAAAGUAAUAUUCGUGGUGUAGCAUUUUCUGCAAGCUGGCUGAAGCUAAUAGAUGACUGGCCUGCGGAGCCUCCUAGUGCAUCUGCUGGGGCAUCCCGUCCUGCAGCAUACCAAAAACGUGGAACUGGUGGAAGGCGGGGCAGAAAACGAUCGAUGGCAUCUGAAUCAGCUCCUGUUACUGAUGAUGACAACAGCUGGAAAGAAGUGAAUUGGUGGAGUGGAGGAAAUGUUUCAAAGCGUAUCUUACAGAGGGGGGCUCUACUGAUUUCAUCCAUUAGAAAAGCUGCUCGUCAAGGUGGGAAAAAAAGGAUGCCAGGUCUGUCUUACCAUGAAGGCUCCAAUUUUCCAAGACGUACCCGGAAACUUGCUUGGAGAGCAUGUGUUGGAUUAAGCCAAAGUUCAUCCCAACUUGCUCUUCAGGUCAGAUACCUUGAUGCCCACAUAAGAUGGAAGGAGUUCAUCCCUCCAGAUCAAAUUCCUUCAGAUGGAAAGAGUUUAGAUUCUGAUUUUUCUGUUCUCAGAAAUGCAGUAGUUUGCGAUAAAAAAAUAGUUGACAAUAAGAUCAGAUAUGCACUUAAGUUUCCUAACCAGAAGCAUCUUCCUGUCCGUGUGACAAAGAAUAUUUUGGAAGCAGAAGAUAAUCAGGAUGAGGAUGGCAAGUUUUGGUUUUCUGAAAACCAUAUCCCACUGUACUUGUUGCGAGAGUUUGAGCAGAAAGCUGGGGUUAACUCCUUGCCUACUCCAGGAAUGUUAGGCUCUAACCGUUUCACCAAUUCCUAUCAAAGGCGCGUAAAAGCAUUCAUUGGAGAUGUCUUCUUUUAUCUACUUCACAAGGGUGAUGUGUAUCCUUGCACCUCAUGCAAGAAGGAUGUUCCCUUCAGGGAUGUUGUAAGAUGCAGCUCUUGUCAAGGUAAUUGUCACAAAGAGUGCACAUUAAGGUCUGUUGGUAGCAAAGAAGGCAAUGCUGCUCCCAGUUUAACAUGCAAGUUGUGCCUUCAGAAGCGUAGUCUUAUGCUUACAAAUUACAAUACAAAUCCAAACUUCAUCCUGCCUCAGCAGAAGAGUAAUGUUCACCAGACUGUGGCAGCUCCCAAAAUAAUCUUUAAGGUUGGUUCUUCCCAUUCUGCUGAACCAGCCACAAAGGUUGAAGCUCAGCCAAUUGUGAAGGUAGAAGCCAAGACAGUGGUCAAGAAGGAAACCUGGCCAGUUGUGAAGAUGGAAACUCAGCCAAUUACAAAGGUAGAAGCACAGCCAACUGCAAAAGUGGAAACCUGUCAAAUUUCAAAUUUGGCAACUCAGAAUAUUACAGGGGUGCAAGCCCAGCCUAAGGCAAAAUCUAAAAAACCUAAGCCAGAGAAACUGAAAAAACCCAAGAAUACUCCAGAGAUCACAUACUUUGGUCUUGUGUGGAAGACGAAGAAAAAUACUAAUGACAAAAGUAAUAUUGAAAAUUCUGGAGAUGAUUUCAGGGCGAAGGAUGUUAUCCUAAAAGGCAAGGAUGGUAUAGGUUCAUCAAUAAAACCUAGUUGUUGUCUCUGCAAUAAACCUUAUUCCCCAGAUUUCUUGUAUCUCCGCUGUGAGAGGUGCCAAAAGUGGUAUCAUGGUGAUGCCUUGCGACUCAAGGAAGAACAAAUAUUUGAACUGGUUGCAUACCGAUGUUGCAGAUGCCGAAGGCGAGCCAUACCAAAAUGUCCUCAUUCAGAUGAUUAUAGGAAGCCUGAACCGGAAUUCAGUGAACAAACAGUCGCUACAUCAUCACAAUCAACUAUGCUUUCUAGUGAGGAGAAUUUUUCUGUAACAGAUCAAGAUCCACUGCUUGCUUCAUAUGGCAGAGUCGAACCAUUCGGAGGACAAACAAUGGAUGCUGAUUUAUCAAUGAACAUGGUGAACUUCAACCCAGGUAAUCAGAAACUAUCAGUAAGAAGGGGACAAAAUAAAAAUUGUGAAUAUGUUGACCAAGCCAGCAUUCCUGUGGAUGAGUACUAUAUUCAGAAUCAACCUCAAGGGAAUGCAAACAUCAAUUUCGGUCAUUCAAAUGAGUUCUCGUUAUCAGAGGCUGAUGGUGUGGAUGCUUCAGAGCUGUUGGGGUGGGAUUUUUCUCAAGGAGAUGCAUGUGCUGCCUCUUCUGAUUUUGCAGCUAAUUGCCCGUGGAAUGACACCAGCUGUGGCAGCGUUGCUGCUGACGAAUAUGAACCACAGACUUAUUUCUCAUUCACUGAGCUGCUUGAAGCUGAUGAUACACAGUUUGAUAAUACAUUUGGGAUGUCUAGCAGUGUGCAAGAUGAUGAUGACCAACAAGGAGUUUUUGACGAAAUGCCUUACAUGGAGGAAGAUGGGGCCUCAAACAUGCAUUUCCCAGCUAUUGCCUCGGCCGCUGAUGAGGUAGCAUGUGACAGGUGCAAGAAUCCCCAGCCACCACCUGAUCUCAAAUGCGCAGUAUGUGGACUGCAGAUGCACCGUUAUUGCUCACCUUGGGAGGAUAGUGAAGACCCAACAGAUGGUGCCAAUUGGAGUUGUGGUGCUUGCCGGGAGUGGCGAUGAUGAGCUGCAAACUUCAUUGCAUUUGUUAACUGAGGGCUGCAGAGGGCAGCUGUCUAAUUGUCAUCAAAGGUGGAACUAUAGAAGUAAUCUCAUGAAGCACACCAAGAAAGAACAAGGGAAAAUUCCCCUUCUAGCUAGUAUUUGGCACUGUCAAUGCUACUGACCGUCUGAGAGUUGGACUGGACACACUUUUAGCUACCAUUUGGGUUGACAUCUAAGGUUGCGGUGAACUUCACACUGUACAUAUAUUAAUGGAAUGAAUGGUUCGUCGAAAGCCGUUCUCCAUUCAUCUAGGUGGUUCUUUUUUUUAAGGGGAGGAUUAUAGAAUUAGGUUGCUCUUAGUUACGUGUUAUAUAGGACGUUGGACUCGAAAGCCAUGAUCCUGACAAUGCACUGUCUUGCAUUCUUUUCCCUCUUUUUUCUCGAGAGAAAUAUAGAAGUGCCCCUCAAUCCGAGUGGCUACGAUACCCUUGAUAUAUAUAUCCUCGGCAUUUUCCUCGGAUCAAAA